AUGGGUGAUCUUCCUAAAAUUCGAGUCAAUCAAGCUCGUCCGUUUUCCCACGUAGGAAUCGAUUAUUGUGGUCCUUUCUUUAUAAAAGAAAAAAAAUACCGUAAUCGAACAAAAAUUAAGAUAUAUAUAGCGGUUUUUGUUUGCCUCGUGGUAAAAGCUGUACAUUUGGAGGUAGUAAGUGACGUGAGCACUGAAACCUUCUUAGGCGCACUGAGAAGAUUCAUCGGGCGACGCGGCAAACCUAAUGUCAUCAGCUCAGACAAUGGGUCAAAUUUUAUAGGUGCCAAUAACGAGCUAAAAGAUCUCGGCAAUCUUCUCCGAUCUGAAAAAUUCAAUGAACAAACCGCUCACAUCCUGAAUGACCAAGGGAUUGAAUGGAAGUUCAUCCCUCCCUUAUCUCCUCACUUCGAAGGAAUUUGGGAAUCCGCGGUUAAAAGUUUUAAACAUCAUUUCAAACGAGUCGUGAAAGAUGUUUUGUUCACAUUCGAAGAAAUAAAUACGUUUGUCAUCGAGAUCGAAGCGGUAUUAAAUUCUCGCCCACUUACCCCCAUUUCGAACGAUCCUAAUGACGUUAUCGCCCUCACUCCUGGCCACGUCCUUAUUGGCGAUUCGUUAACAAGCCUACCUGAAUUGAAUUUUAAAUUAACACCAACACCACGAUUAUCGAGAUGGCAACACCUCCAAAAGAUGCGGCAAGACUUUUGGAAUAGGUCGCAUAAAGAAUACCUAAAUGGACUCAACAUGCGUCACAAAUGGAAAAGUGGAAAUCACCGAAUUCGAGAUGGCACCAUUGUCAUCUUAAAAGAAGAUAACACUUCUCCUCUGCAAUGGGUUUUGGGUCGAGUUACAAAAAUAUUCCCAGGAUCCGACGGCGUCAUUCGGACCGUAAUUGUCAAACGUUUAAAGGCGAAUUUAAACGCAAAGUUCGAAAAUUGGCCCCGUUGCCUAUCGAUGAAAACGACGGUUAAUAAAGCAGCAAACGAUACAUGA